CUCUCAUACAGGGUCUAAAGUGGCCAUCAAAACUCAAAUGGCCAAUCACAUUUCCCUAAGAGGCAUUUGCAUUUUUAACAAAAACUGACACCUUAAGAGAAACUUGAGGGAAUCCUCAGACCGGAGCUUAGGCCGGCCGUCAGCCAGCAAGAGGGGAGACACUGUGUUUAAGAGGUGACAGCAUCUGACAAUCCUUUUCCUUCCUGCCAGGGUUCCAGAAGAAGGAGGUGCCCCAGUGCACUACAGGUGAGGACAGGAGACAGUCCAAAGAGACAUACAAUCAGGUUGGAAACUUCAUUAAGUAUUUACAUGAGAAUUCAGGUGCCCAUUUGCUCAGGGUAUGAUCACAUAGCUCGGAAAGCUCGAGAAGUAGAGCUGGGAGGUUGGACCUGAGAAGCUUCCGAGGGGCUGAUGUGGUGACUUCUCUGCCACAGGGCACCUGCACCGUUCUGAAGGCAGGUCCGUCAUGUGGUCUCUGACGGCCCUUCUGCUCCUGGUUCCAAGCGGCGGGCAAGCUGCUACUCUGGAGAAGCCCGUAUUGUCUCUACACCCGCCCUGGACCACAAUCUUCAAGGGGGAGCGGGUGACCCUGCGAUGUGAUGGGUACCACCCUCCGCUCCUGGAGCUUCGGCCCAUCAGCACUCUCUGGUAUUUGGGCCACCUGCUUCUGCCCUCUCACAAGAAGAGCAUCGAGGUGCAGACACCAGGCGUGUAUCGAUGCCAGACCCGGGGGGCGCCCGUCAGUGACCCCAUCCACCUGUCUGUUUCCAAUGACUGGCUGAUCCUGCAAGUGCCCUACGCCGCGGUGUUCGAGGGCGAGCCGCUGGUCGUGCGCUGCCGCGGCUGGUACGACAAGGUGGUGUAUAAGCUUCACUACUACCACGACGGCAAGGCGGUGCGCUACUUCCACUCCAGCGCCAACUACACGGUGCCACAGGCGCGCGCCAGCGACAGCGGCCGCUACCAGUGCUCGGGCACCAUGCGCAUCCCGGUGGAGAGCGCGCCCAUGUUCUCCGCCAAGGUGGCCGUGACCGUGCAAGAGCUGUUCCCGGCGCCGGUGCUCAGGGUGACCGGCCGGGCGGAGGCCCGCGGCGGGGUGGCGGUGCGCUGCGACACCCGCCUGCACCCGCAGAAGCGCCACACGCCGCUGCAGUUCGCCUUCUACAAGUACAGCCGCCCCGUGCGCCGCUUCGACUGGGGCGCCGAGUACACGGUCCCCGAGCCCGAGGUCGAGGAGCUCGAAUCGUACUGGUGCGAGGCCGCCACCGCCACGCGGAGCGUCCGGAAACGCAGCCCUUGGCUGCAGCUCCCCGGGCGCGGUGCCGCCCCGGACUCGGCGUCCACCACCGCCCCAGUCCCACAGGCCGCAGCCUUGGCGCCCGGCAACCAGCCGCUUUCCUUCAGAAAGCCCCCUGUGUCCCGAUCGGCCGCUCCGGUCACCUCCGUCCCGAACAUCACCUCUCCGGGGCUGCGGUUCCCCGCGGGCAGAGCCCCCACUGCUGGGCCCCCGGCCUGCGCCCCGCCGACGCCCUGGGAGCCAUCGGCCGCCGCAGCCCUGAAACCCGACGUGGACCUUCUGCUGCGGGAAAUGCAGCUGCUCAAAGGCCUCCUGAGCCGGGUGGUGCUGGAACUGAAGGAGCCACAGGCCUUCCCAGAGCACGGGGACACCCCCGGGGCCCCCACUUCCCACUUGGCUGUGAGCCCGGCAACGCAGGUCACCGCUGUCGUGGAGAGCUGAGGGGGCCGGGGCGCCACUGUCCCCUCCCCGGGCUCCUUCACCUGCAGCCUCUCCCGCUUGUCACCCGCAGAGACCUCGCGAAACCACCUCUGCUUGCCUGCGGUCCUUUGGCGGUGGUUUCC